AUGCUUGCCACUGAGCCUUACGGAGGCCAAAAAUUCAAUAAUUGGUGUAUCGGAGCGACUCUGAGCUUUCAUUUUACCUCUCUUCUAAUUAUUGUGUAUUUUAGAGAACCUAUAACGUUGAAAUGCAAGUAUACUCUUCUCAUAAAAUGCACCACUCUACGUUUGGCGGUUCAUUGGGUGAUUGGGAUGGACAUAUGCAAAAAAAGUCACCCCUCAACAGAUGAAUAA